GUUGACACUGACAGCAGCUAUUCGAUUUUAGUUGAAGCGAAAUUUCAGGUUUUAUUAUUUUUGUACAGACUUUCGCAAUAAUUAAGUGAAAAGUAUAUGAAUGUGCUGAUUUCCGUAACUAUUGAGCAUUUAACACAGUGGACAUGGAAGACGAAUUAGAGGAUAGAGUAAUAGAGCAAACAUACUUGUCUUUUAUGAAAAUCGUCUCUCGAUUAACGAGUAGUGUUCCCAUUGAUGCUCCGGUGAGCUAUUUAUGGAAAAUGGUGCGUCUUUAUUUACUGCGUUCUGAAGUCGUGGUCUGCACUCUUGCGUUUAUACUUUUCUUCAUGUAUUUGCAAACAAUCGAACUAUGGAGUCGGGCACUUCUGAGCAGGCUCUCGCAUGCAAUGAGUCCUAUGACCGCCGUCCAACGCAUGAAACUAAUGGACGGCUCAGAUGCUGACAAGCAGAGCUGGGAGCUGAAAGCCUCACAAAGUGCAGCUUAUGCAAUCAAAGGCAGGAGAAUGCACAUGGAAGACAGAUUCAUAAUCAAUGAGAAUAUAAACAACACAGGUGUUUCACUAUUUGCCAUUUUCGACGGUCAUGGCGGCGACUUUGCUGCGAACUAUGCCAGAGACCACCUAAUUCAGAACCUAUUUAAUAAAAUUGUGGAGUUAAAUGAUUUUAAGGAUGGUAAAAUUACAACAACACCACCAAAAGAAAGUCCCGAUGAGCCAAAGCCUAAAGAAGAAAGCAGUAUCAGUGUGGAAAGAAAGACCAGCUUUAAAAAGGUAGGCUCAGUGGAUGACACUUCAAAGAAAGAAAUAACGGACCCUCAAUUACUGGCCCAACUGUCUAGAAACAGGCCUAUCAUUACAAGAGAAGUGCGACCUUCCACUCAGCCAAUUCAUAAUGUUCAGGUCCCUUUGUCAAGCUACAUAAAUAAGGGUAAGAUCAACUAUGGGAAGUUGAUGACAGAUGAGGUUCUGUCAGCAGAUAGAUUGCUUGUGGCAGCAGCUAAGAAGUCAAUGAAUGUGGCGGGGACCACGGCCCUCAUUGCCAUCAUGGAGGGCAACCAGCUGUAUGUAGCCAAUGUUGGGGACUCCCGCGGGGUCAUGUGCGACUCCAAGGGGAAUGCCAUACCUGUCUCAUUUGACCACAAACCGCAGCAGGUCCGUGAACAAAAGAGGAUUGAGGCAGCAGGUGGCUAUAUUGCGUUCAAUGGAGUAUGGAGGGUGGCAGGAAUACUAGCCACCUCCAGGGCCAUGGGGGACUACCCACUUAAGGACAAGAAGUUUGUGAUUGCCGACCCCGACAUUCUCACAUUUGAUGUGAGUGACCACAAGCCCAUGUUUGUCAUUUUGGCCUCUGAUGGACUAUGGGACACUUUUACCAAUGAGGAAGCUAUCAAAUUUGUUAAGGAAAGAUUAGAUGAACCAGACUUUGGAGCUAAGAGCUUGACACUUCAAGCAUAUUACAGAGGAUCAGUGGACAACAUCACUGUUUUGGUAAUAAAUUUCCUCAAUAAAUCUUUAGCAUAGUCUUUAAAUGUCUCAAAUCAGCCUCCCAAGUGUUUUAUGGCAAUAACACUCCAAUCUUGGAGGAGGUCCAUGUCCUACAGUGGAUGCUUUAUGGGCUGUCUGUUUGUCAUCAAGUCUUUAAGAAUAUUAUGUGAUUAACAAUUUUACUCCUGCUUUAAUAAUCUUAUCAUGAAAUCUUUUCCACUUUUACUGAUUGUAUAGUAUACCUAAUAAUAUAUUUUCUUUAUGUAUCAAAAUGAAACACCAUUAAACCCACAUUCAAAAUAGUGGAUAGUUAGUAGAAGAAAUAGAAACUACCAGUGUGAAAUGUGCAUAUAUACGUAAGCAGUAUUUUAAAAACACUGAUAAAUCUGUGUAGUCACACAAUGACUUGCACCACCAUGUUUUUGCAUUCUUAAGUUUGCAGUAAAUGUUGUGAAUGAUGUCAAACUGGCUGUAUGCUGUACAGAUCAUAAUUCAUAUUUAGUUACCAUUAUAAUAUGAGAGUGUAAAUAAGUGUCCAAUAGAUAUAAAAAAUAUAUAAAAUUAAUAUUUUUGAAAUCAAUGUUUUGAAUUUAUAGAUGGUUGUGAUUGUGAAUUCGAAAAUUUUCUAACAGUCAUUUUCAUGGACAAUGAAAGGGAACGAUUAUUCUAAUUAUUACCUUGGAGAUUAUGAAUAUGUAUAGUCUUUUGAAAAUACUAUAAACCAGUGUUUACUAAUACACUUUAAACUAUUGUAUGUUGUGGAUUAUUCAUGGUAUAGAAUUUUAAGCAUCUCUAAAUUGAUGUUUCAUGGUAUCUCUACAAGUAGUAUUUUACUUACCAUAUUUAUUAUGUGUCAAUGAAUGUAAUUAGAUAUUAUAUAUACUUGCAUAAUGUUAUCUAUAGUUAGGUAUCUAAUACAUCCUAUUUGAUUAAGUAAAUACAUAAUACUAUAUUAUAUAAAUUUGUGUGUUCAUUAUAAUAUUUGCAUUUUAAUGAUCUACAACUCUUACCAACAUGCAAUCAUAGCUUUUAUACAAUGUUUGAUGUAGUAUUCGGUGUUCGGUUUUAGUCAUGCGGAUUGUGGGACCUUGUAAAUUUUGUAAUGGCAGUGAUAUUGUUUGUUUCUAACUUGCACUUGAGCGCAAAAACUCAUACUCGGCACUCCAAGUACCUACCACAGGAUGCCCCAUAACUAUUUUAAAAUAUUGAUUUAUAUUCAUUUACAACUAAUUUAUGUUUGCUGUAUGCUGUACAUAAUCAUCACAUGUCAAAGCUUUCCAAACCAUGUUGAAUAAUGGUAAGAGAGUUUAAAAUAGAGAUAUAAGUUUUGAAGAGCCGUAUUUUAUAAAUACAGUCCUCAUUUAAUCAUAUUUCUAAAGAAUCUAAUCAGGACUUUUAGUAUCAUAACCCUGUAGAUAUACAGGUGCACCCCAGACCUCAACUGAUUCGGUGCCAAAAACUGUCAGGAUAAAUAGUACAGUGCGGGACUCGCUAGGUUUUCACUUUGGACUUCGAAUUGUCCUUCAUUUGUGAAGAAAUCUCAAAUAUCAAAUGCAAGUCUUGUAUAUGGGUAAGGUGACGCCACUGUACCUAUAGGUACUUACCUACUUAAGAUGUCCAGGAAAAAAACAUGUGCCAUUACCAUUAUAAAUAGAAUACUUACGUACUUCAUCCCCAAUGAGUUAUAGCAUUUUAAUUUGGUUGGGUUGUUCUUGCCUAAUGUUAUUUUAGAAGUUAUAUGUGAUUAUGUGACCUUUGGCUGUUUAUAAAUAUAUUUUACCAAAGUCUUAUAGCUUAAUAAAUGGCAAUCUGUAA